AUGAAUUCAUCUGGUCCUCCUUUUCCACCGACUCCAGAACAUCCAUACAAUGUCAAUCCAGUUCUGAUUUCAAUAAUAGGGGCACUGGGCAGCAUAUUUCUGGUAGUAGGCUAUUACCAUCUCCUCCUCAAGUACUGCUCUUGUUUCGAAAAUAUCAUCCGCAGACGCAUGGGGGGAAUCCAACAGGGCUCUGCAAGCGAAGACGACCUUUCGGGCCCUGGUUUAGACCAUUCCCUCAUAGCCAAAAUCCCCAUCUUGAAAUACGAUGCCCGGAAUACUGAUUCUGGCAAUGAAUGUUCCGUCUGUUUAACAGAAUUUACCGAAGGGGAACUGGUAAGAGUGCUACCCAAAUGCAGACACGCGUUUCAUAUUUCCUGUAUUGGGCUCUGGCUAAACACCCACAGCAACUGCCCUCUCUGCAGAGCCAACAUAGCAACGAGCCUCAAUGACAGCCUUUUUCCAGAGAAACAUGAGGAUCGAAGUCCACCCACACGUCACGAGAUCGAGCCCCGGCGGUCUCCAAUGCAAUCUCAUUCUCCAGCAGACUAUAAUGCUCCGCCAGCUAGAGUAAAUGCAGUUGAGAUGCCUUUGCCCAGGUCGUUUAGUUAUGCGGGUUCUUCGCAUCUUCCGCCAGAGGGGGCUUCUAGUUCUCAGUGGUACCAACGUUUUAGGUGGAGUGCGAGAAGAUCUUCGCCUUCUCGUGAAGAGAUGCGCAGUAGAUUGUUGGACAGCGACGAUUCCUUUGCUAACAAGGAUCUUGAAGUGGGUAUCAAUUUUGAUCGACCUGUAAAUAUCUCUAAUGGAGGAUAGCACUCUUCUUCUGCAGCUAAGAGGGAAUUUUUGUGACGCAGAGUUUCUAUUUCUUAAGCUCUGUAUGCUAAAUAUUGAUGCAAACAAAUUUUAUGCAUUUAAAUCCAGGAAAAAGAGGUAAUAAAAUUGUUUCCGUUGCAGUAAAUAUUGUGCAGGUUUGUUUCUGAAAGGAUACCG